AUGGCAAUUGUGGAGGUUUGGGAAAAUGUCCUGAAUUCUCUGAUGAAGAGCUUUGAAACUGGGGAUAAGAAACUUGUCUUUAGACCUUGGAAGAUCAGUAAUGUCGGUUACUCUUCUUUUACUAUAGCCACAUGUACCUUGGUGGAUCCUGAUCGGUGCACAAAAUCUUUCGGUUACUGUAGAAGACGCUGCUUUAAAUAUGAAAAGCAAAUUGAUAUAUGUCUCUCACCAAGUAAAAUUUGCUGCAUUGAGAGGUUAUUUGAAGAAGAUUAA